UAAAUAGUUUUGUUUUUGUGGGUAACUGUGUCAAAACCCUGGAAUAGAAGAGGCAGCACUUCCCAAAUUCAGAAGAUCUCGAACUAAAUAAGAAAAACAUAUCUUCUUCUUAUCCCAAGUUUCUUCUGUUUCAAGCAAUUGGAAAACUCAAAGGCAACUUUCAGCCAUGGAGAAGCUACUCAAUCCAUACGAUAAAGAAUACAUGAAAAUGGCCAUGGUAAAGCACGAGGAAACCUUUAGAGAACAGGUUUACGAACUUCAUCGUCUAUAUCAUAUCCAAAAAAUAUUGAUGAAAACCAUCUCAAGUAGCCAGCAAGAUGUUAAUGAAGAUGAAAGCAAGAUUGAGUUAACUUUAGGCCCUUCCUCUACAGGAUCCCCUAGCCAUUUAAAGCAGAAAACUUCAGGUUUGAAUCAACAGAGGGAUGUUGUAACUGGCCAUAAAUGGAGACUUCAUAAUUUCAUGACCAUCUCUAAUCCAAAUGUUGAACAGCAGUAUAGAGAGAGUAGAUUGAAUAAUCCUCCUUGGCUUUUUCAAGUUUUGAUUUGACUUCAAUUUUUUUUUAAAAAACAUUUUCAAUGGAUUUUAACAUUUAACUUACUUUAUUUUUUAGGUUAGUAUGUUACAUUUUAUGAACGAUUAUUUGCAGUUAUUUCACU